AACGUCCAUAGACACAGUGUUGAUUUCGAAGUGCUGGUAUUUUUUAGACAAUUUCGUAUGCAACCAGUGAAAUGGCAGUUCUGCGCGGUUGGAGAUUUAUUGGCUUUGUGUCCUGCCUAGUUGGCGCUGUUGGACUGACGCUGUACCCGGUUGUUGUGGACCCCAUGAUAAACACGCAAAAAUAUAAAUCAUUGCAAGAGCAUAACAGAAACAAAUAAAAUGUACACAAAAGCGGUUUAAGUGUAUUUUGUUAUUAUAAUGUUAGCAUUCGUUUCCAUAUGAUCAUAAACAAUUCACGCAAUAAAUGAAAACAGCUGUUUUUUGAACCGGCA